AUGGGAGCUUCCAACGGGGACGAGAUUGACACCUCUCGGCUAUUACAAGGAAUAGCUCAUCAGGUUAGGGAAGAAAUAAGACGGGAUUUUGGGGGAACAAGCUACCCACUAGUGCACCAAGGUUGCACUAUUGAUCAAUUUACACGUCUGAAACCCUUGUCUUUUGAGGGUGGCACCGAUCCAAUUAAGGCUGAGAUGUGGAUGCAGGAAAUGGAGAAAAUCCUAGCUAUGUUGAAUUGUACUAAGGAGCAGAAGGUCCUUUUCGCCACUUUCAAACUAACCGGAGAAGUUGAACGGUGGUGGCAUGCGAUGAAAUUGUUAGAGGAACAACCAGUGGUACCAAUAGCGAUGACCUGGGGUCGUUUCAAGCAGUAUGCCGCUAGAUUCCUUGAGUUGUCUCAUUUUGCACUUUCUGUGGUUCUAGAUGAAUAUCAGAAGGUGAGAUGGUUUGAGAGGGGUCUGAAUCAGAGGAUCCACGAGCAUAUGGCGUGUCUGCAGAUUCAAGAAUUCACGGAAUUGGUGGAGAAAGCUACAGUGGCAGAGUCGAGUCUGCAGAGGGGUACAAAGGUCUUUGAUCGAAGGAAAAGGCCUGCAUCUCCACGAUCCCAAUCAAAUGUCAGGCAAGGGUCAUGGAGGAGAGAUAGAGAUGUAUUGGGCCAGGGGUCAAAGAGAAAGGAUUAG